UGAGGCCACGUGAUUCUUUCGGCCUUCGCCUACCUGCCGCCAUGGACACGAGCCGCGUGCAGCCUAUCAAGCUGGCCCGCGUCACCAAAGUACUAGGCCGCACCGGGUCCCAAGGCCAAUGCACACAGGUCCGUGUGGAGUUCAUGGACGACACCAGCCGCUCCAUCAUCCGCAACGUCAAAGGCCCCGUCCGCGAAGGAGACGUCCUCACCCUCCUGGAGUCCGAGCGAGAGGCCCGGAGGCUGCGCUGAAAGAUGGGUUGAGAGCUUCUCCUGCUGGACCUGCCCCUCAAGACCUAAUUUGGAGAAAGAUGAAAAUGACCUUGGACUGAAAUAAACUUGGGUUUACCUCCCUUUCA